UUUCUGUAUCAGACUAAAAAAUGAAGGCUGUGACAUUGUUGCUGACAGUUAUAGCAGUGAUUUUCACUGUAGAGGUGACUGCUACAAGUCAAAACCAGUACAUGGUAUGUAGGUCAGUGGAAAGACUGCCAUACACCAUUCAAGAGACAUUGCAAUCCAAUGCAACUGGAACAAGAGGACCGAUAGGUUUACCGGGGAAGAAAGGACCCAGGGGUACUAAGGGUCCUAUAGGUUUCCCUGGAGUCAAGGGUUUACCAGGACCCAGAGGUUUAGAGGGACCUAAAGGUUCACAGGGAUCUAAGGGUCCACCAGGACACAGAGGCAACUCAGGUGCUAAAGGUUUACAAGGACUUAAAGGUUCGCAAGGACCUAAUGGUUUAAGUGGUCCUAGGGGUGUACAAGGUAUUACUGGUGUGAAAGGAUCAAAAGGUGCACCAGGGCCCAGAGGUGUAACGGGUCCUAGGGGUUUACAAGGACCUAAGGGUGUUCAAGGACCCCGUGGUUUACAAGGUCUUCCUGGUUUAAAAGGAUCCAAAGGUGCAUCGGGAGCUACAGGUGCCGCAGGACCUAAAGGUUUAAAAGGAUCCAGAGGCGUAAUAGGUCCUAAAGGUUUAAAAGGAGCUAGAGGUGUGAAUGGACCAAGGGGACCAAAAGGAAUAAAAGGUGUUGGAGGUGCCAUGGGCCCAAAGGGUUCAAUGGGACCAAAAGGGAAACAAGGUAUAAAGGGACGUGCUGGUUCAUCUGCUAAUGUGAACUGGGCAGAGGUUGACCGAAGAAUACAAAGGGCAUUGCAGAAUUAUGUGCCAACAACAACAACUGUAGCACCCACAACAACAAAAAGUGCAGUAGCUAGAUGCAGAGAGGACAAGGGUGCUUGGUAUCGUGGUCGUUGCAUGCGGGCACCUAGAUGGGCGCGUGGAUAAACUUUACAAUUUAAAGGAAUCUACACAAAACAACGGACAAGGGUUAGCUGUGUGGCAAUAUACAAGUCGCUAUAUAAAACUUGUUAUAUUGAUAAAAUGUAAAAAUAACUUUUCCAAUAAUAUGGGCUAUGUUGUAUUUUUUAGGUUUUGUUGCGGAGAAGCAAAAAUGUAAUUAAAUUGUAAUUUUCGCUGCUAAUAAAUUGGUUGUUUAUAUAUAUUCGCUAUACUUCGUAAUGUGAAAAUAAAGCAAUAAUUUACCAAAGUAAAAAUGAUAUUAUUCUUUAGAAUCGAAGAGAAAGAAAACUGAAACUAAUUAAAUAAAACAAAACAAUUCGUCAUCAUUGUGUAAUGUGCCUGGUUUUAAUAACCGCUUACAGUCAAAUUUUGCUUUGACGAUAAAUGGUGUUAAAUUAAAACAUAAGA